AUGGCUGAUCACGGAAUUGGUUCUUCAUCUUUCCCCCCAUUCUCUUCUCUAAACAUCAACCCAAACCCAAUGGUGGUGCCUACACCAUCACUUGGACAACCUUCUUCAAGUGAGGUUCGUGAGCUUCCUGAGGAAUCAAUUACCUACAUGGAAAACAUUGUUCUUGAGAUCCCUAUUGGAAAUAACGUUGUGGAGGCCAUAAUCGAGUUUGCUAGGGGUCAGGAAGCCAGCAUUGUCGUGACGAAGGGCUCGGGUCUUGUAUCGGACAUUACCCUUCUCGAACCAGACUCUCGUGUCGCGGCUUUCCAAUUAGAUGGCCCGUUCCAUGUGUUAUCGCUAACCGGAGUGUACUUAAAUCCGGAUUGUGGUCGUGUUCCUCGACUUAUCUAUGAUCCAUUAUGUACUGCUUUUUGCCUUCAGCUCUCUGGAUCUCGAGGACAAGUCUUUGGUGGAGUGAUUGGAGGAAAUAUUAAUGCUGCUAGUGACAUUCAGGUUUCAGCCUCUCUUGUAAAGAGGCCUGAAUCGAUUAGGAUAGUCACCACUAAUGAGAAUGUUCAGUUGUUUGAAGAUGAUGAUGUCCCAACUAUUGUUGGUGGUGUUCAAGUUGAUGCUGAUGCCAACAUGAAUGAAACUCAAUCACAAGAUCAAGUUCUCCUUUAG